ACAGGAAAAACUGUGCACCGAGUAAGAGAAUCGAGUCUGCUGACGGUCCGGCAGUAAAGUUUGAGUGAAUUAUUACACUAUAUUGUAUUUUUGAAAUGUUUCAUGUAAAAUAAAAAUACCUGUAAUUCGUUUAUUUUAAGUUCUUCUGAAGUAUUUUUCACGAAAUUAUUCAGAUUUUUUUGUGCAGCUUUAAACAGCUGUGCACAAAUGGCUAUGAGAUUUGUGAACACCAUAUUCUUCACGUUCAUACUUUUAUGGAGUAACAUUAUGUUGUGUGUAACAGCUGAUGAGAGUAUGGUGUUGGUCUCUGGUGGGAACAUGAAAAUAGGAACAAAUGCUGCUGAUGGCCGAGACGGCGAAUCUCCUGCCAGAGCUGUGAAAGUCGAGACGUUUAAGAUGGACAAAUAUCCUGUAACUAACUCCAAUUUUAGGGAAUUUGUCAGAUUGCAAAAAUAUAAGACAGAGGCUCAAACAUUUGGAUGGAGUUUUGUGUUCCAGGAUUUUGUGUCUGAGGAGCUGAAAAGCAAAAUCACUCAGAGAAUUGAGUCUGCACCCUGGUGGUUGCCAGUCGAGAAAGCAUUUUGGAGACAGCCAAGUGGACCAAAUUCUACCAUCAAAGACCGUCUAGACUCUCCGGUUGUGCAGGUGAGCUGGAACGAUGCUCAGGCUUACUGUAAGUGGAAGAAGAAGAGGCUGCCCAGUGAAGAGGAGUGGGAAAUAGCUGCACGUGGAGGGCUGGAUGGAAGGAUGUACCCAUGGGGGAACAAGUUCCUCCAAAAUCGCACCAAUUUGUGGCAGGGGUCUUUCCCAGAAAGGGACACAGCUGAAGAUGGUUAUCAUGGUGUAGCUCCUGUAACUGCGUUUCCUCCGCAAAAUAAUUACGGACUGUAUGAUAUGUUGGGUAAUGUUUGGGAGUGGACGUCUACACGUUUUACUUCGACUCAGAUGAUGUAUGUACUGCGCGGUGCGUCAUGGAUCGACACCGCUGAUGGAUCAGCCAAUCACAGGGCACGUGUCACCACCCGAAUGGGGAACACGCCAGAUUCAGCAUCAGACAACUUGGGGUUUCGCUGUGCUUUGGACAUCAAGAGCAAAAAACAGAGCAAGAGCAAAGGAAAAACUGAGUUGUGAGGACCUAAUGGAUAAAACAGUGAUUAUGUAAACAGUCAGACACUUUACUAAUGCAUCUCUCCUGUGGAGACCAGAACCAGACAUUGAUUAUGGAAAAUCAUUCCACUUAACACUGAGAAAAUAAAAACAGCAUUUUUUUA